AUGCCGACGAGGCUCGACCUCCCAGCGCUGCACGGCCGCAGCAGCAGCAUCGACGAGCCCCCACAACGUCCGUGGGUCGAAGUUUUGGCGGGAAGGAAGAUUCGCCGCGUUAUGGACGACCCCGUUAAACUCGAGGCGUUCCUGUCAGGCGAGUUCGACCGGCUUGACGUGCACGCACGUGGCAGGCUCUCAUUGGCCGAGAUCAAGCCGGCGCUGCUGCGCUUGGCGGAGAUUCAGGGGCUCACUCUCCGCCCCUUCUGGGACAGCCGUAUGGGGGGACGCGGAGGGGGGAGCGGCGGAGGGGGGAGCGGCGCGGGGGAGAGGCGGAGAGGCGGAAGCCGAGGGGGAAGCGGAGGAAGCGGAAGCUGGGGUAGCAGCGGCGAGUGCGGGGGAGGAAGAAGCGGGGCCGGAGGGGGAGGGAGGGAGGUUCUUCCUGGCAAGGGGAAGAACGAUGAUGAUUUGGUCAAGGGCCUUUUUGUCUCUUUCAUGUCUGCUGACCUCAGCAGCGAAAUUGGGCGGCGCAAAUUUGUCAGUGUGUGCAGAGAUGUGAUUCUCGCUUCCCAGGAAUCGGUUGAAGAGGACCCCCUGCCGCGGCUACUGGAGGGCAGCACCCCGCUGAGAGAACUCUUUAACGAUGCGGACGAGGUGGACGAGUUUAUAGACGCGCUGUGGACGCGCAUGGACCUGGACGGGGACGGCACCGUCACCAUGCAUGAGAUUCGCCCCAUGCUGCCCGCCCUCGGCCUCUUCCCGCAACCCCUGCCCAUCUCCACCGGCGAGGUGGAUUGGGGAAGGAGCACAGGGGUGUGGGGACCAUGGGAGCUGGGAGGGAGAAAGGGUGGGAGGGGGAGUGCGCACAGCAAUGGCGCCAAUGACCUUACGCCACGAGUCUCAGUGUUCUUUCUUCCUCGCCUCCAUUUUCUCUCGUGCUCCUUUCUCCCCCCACCCCGCCUGCCCGCGCCAGAGCAGGAGAAUGAGAUGAGACCCUGGCAGAGCUGCUGCACACAUACGCGGGAUGGGGAGGAGAUCUUCACCCCUGCUCCCUUCUUUCCUCACCCCUCAUCCCGCUCCCCUCUCCCCUCUCCCCUCUCCCCUCUCCCCUCACCCCGCCUGCCCGUGUUAGAGCAGGAGGAUGAGACCCUAGCGGUGCUGCUGCACACAUACGCGGGAUGGGGAGGAGAUCUUCACCCCAUGUCCCCUGCUCCCUUCUUUCCUCACCCCUCAUCCCCCUCCCCUCUCCCCUCUCCCCUCUCCCCUCUCCCCUCACCCCGCCUGCCCGUGUUAGAGCAGGAGGAUGAGACCCUAGCGCAGGAGGAUGAGAUCCUGACAGAGCUGCUGCAGACAUACGCGGGAUGGGGAGGGGUGGAGGGGGAGGGCGGUGCGCAGGGGGAGAAUGGGGCAGAGGAAGGCGGCGUGGAUGAGGGGGAGAGUGAUUCUGCUGGAGGGGGCUUGGAGGCUUUUGAAAACGGCAGCGGAGGCUUAGAGGGCAGCAGCAGCAGCAGCAGCGGUGGUGGUGGUGGUGGUGGUGGUGGUGGUGGUGGUGGUGGGGAGGUAGGAGCAGUGGAUUUCAGCAUGGGGCUGUCAAAGGUGCAGUUCAUGUGGCUGCUGGCGGAUAUCCUCUUCACUGUGGCACAGGGGCUCGAGGACGACCCACUGUACCUGCCUGCCAACAUGACCAUUCUCAACCGCCCCUUCCUGCUCAAGGUGCGCCCUCUUUCGAGACGUCUCAAAACUUCCUGCUCAAGGUGCGCCCUCAACCGCCCCUUCCUGCUCAAGAUUCUCUCAGACGAGGCCUUCUUCCAUCGUCUCACCGACCGCAUGUUCCUCACAUGGGACGAAACCGAUCGCGGCAUGCUCUCCCGCGCCGAGGUCAUAGCCGGCUUCUACUCCCUCGGGGUCGCCUACGGGCUCCCCGCAGUCACCACGCGGGAGGAAGCCGAUAGCAUCUACCUCUCGCUCUUCCUCACUGCUGACUGCGACACGAGUGGGUUUGUGGACCGGGAGGAGUUUCAGUCGCUCAUGCACUCCAUCUUCCUGGGCGCGGCUCUUCAGCUGCAGGCCGCGCGGUUACCACCGCAGCCUCUGUCGCCGCUGGGACCUGGACCUGCAGGAACCUCCUCCUCGUUAUCUUCCUUGUAUUUUUUCCGCCCGUUCUCCUUGUCCCUCCCCUCCAUCCCAUUCUCCGCCGCCCUUCCCUGGGGGAACUGUGCUGACAGCAGCACCACAGCUUUUCACAGCAGUGGGAGCAGCAGUGGCAGGGAAAGUGGCGCCGAUUCUGCUGCUGCUGCUGCUGCAGUGGCCGACCUGCCGACCCUGACCGGCUUCAAGCUCUUUGACGGGCGGCGCGUGCGCAAGAUGGUGCGGGCGGACGGCGGCGCUUGUCUGGACGUGUGGCUGAACAGUGCCUUUGAGGAACUCGUUACAAGCACAUCGGAUAGUGGAGAUGGGGUGGGCGGGGGAGGGAAGAAGGUGAGAGUUUCGGGUUCGAGUAGUGGAGAGGCGGAGGGGAUUGAUAUGGAGGGCCUCACGUUGUACAGCCCUGGUGGGGGGAGAGAAAAAGGGGAGAGUGGGGAAGGUGGGAGAGGGGAAGGAGAGAGGGAGGAAGGGUUGUCUGAGGGGCAUCGCAAUGGGGGUUGCAAGAAAGUCUCAUGGAGCGAUGCUCUAGGAAAUAGCUUGGAAGCGUAUGCAGAUAAGGACGAUGUUAGCCGCCCGACAGACAGGCCCGUGGUGACGUGGGCGGCGUUGGAGCGGAAGCUAGUGCAGCAGCUGCACACGCUGGGGAUGCCGGGGGAGGGCGUAUCUGAGGACUGGGAGCGCAUUGUGCAUGAUAUGGUCGCGAGAGAGAGACGGGGGUUUGUAAGGGAGGAGAAGGGAGGGAGAGAUGAAAAGGCGGAAGGAGAGGACAAGACCGUGGGUGGUGAGGAGCAGGAGGAGGAGGCGGAUGGGGAGGAGGAGAGGGAGAGCGAGGAGGUAUGGCUGGAUAAGGAGGAGUUUGUUGCGGUGAUGACGAGACUGUUGAAGCAAGUGGGGCAGACAUUGCAAGACACCCCUUUGCUGCUGCGCUCACUGGAUGGCACUCUCAUAAGGGCGUUUCUGCAGCACCCUGCUCGCCUCACCGCUGCCAUCCGCAGCACCUUCCAGGCGCUAGACAACAAGGGCUGGGGCGGCAUGCCUGCCGCCCGCCUUGUUCCUGCGCUUCGUGUGAUUGGCCUGUCUGCAGGGCUGCCGUGCCGAGGAGGCGAGGAUGGAGGGGGGGAGUCAUCCUGCGACGGUCGGUUCCACAGCAGCACCGAGAGGGUAGUUGCCCUUUCCACCGGCUGGUUUGCCAACCGGAGGCGCUGCGGCCGUCAGAUCCGGAUCUCAGCAUCCAACGGCCGCAGCGUGAUCGCGACAGUGGUGGACGAGUGUGACUCGCGGGCGGGGUGCGAUAGGAUGCACGCGGGGCAGCCUCCCUGCAUCAUCAACGAUGUUGAUGCGUCUGCUGCUGUGUGGCAGGCGCUUGGGAUUGUCCACAUUUUGCUCGCCCUAGUAGCAUCAGCUGUACUCGUUAUAAACACCGUCGACGCGCUGCAAGGAUGCGGAGGGAGCUGCAAGCGGCACAGCGACUGCAGCGGGCGACUGGCGUGCAUGAGCGGCAAGUGCGGCGACGACCCCGCCUUGGGAACAAAGAUAUGCAAGCAACAAGGGAGGGGAACAUGCAGGCCGUCGGGAAGCUUCCGGGCUCCUGCGUUCGUCCCCUGUAACUCGAAUCACAUGUCGGACUGCUGCAAGCCGCUGGCCAAGUACCACAAGUACACGUGCUCACCACCUGUCAGCAAUGCCACGUCAGCAAUUCUCACUCUCAACGGAUUUGGAGAUGGCCAGGACGGAGGAGGCGCCUCGUCUUGCGACGGCCGGUACCACAGCAACACCGAGACGGUCGUUGCCCUCUCCACUGGCUGGUUUGCCAACCGGAGGCGCUGUGGCCGUCAGAUCCGGAUCUCAGCAUCCAACGGCCGCAGCGUGCUGGCGACGGUGGUGGAUGAGUGUGACUCGCGGGCGGGAUGCGACCGCGUGCAUGCAGGGCAGCCUCCCUGCAUCAUCAAUGACGUUGAUGCUUCGGCUGCUGUGUGGCAAGCUCUUGGAAUCGGCCAAUCAGAUAGCAGAUAUGGAUACAUGAAGGUCACAUGGCAGGAUGUGUGA